AAAGUAUCCUGCUCAGAGGCAGUAAAGCUGGGGGUGGGAUUUAACCCUGCAACCUGUGAGUCCACAGACAGCAGAUCUAACCACUGUGCUCCCAGCUGCCUCUAUGUUCAUGCGGUGGUACUUGGUAUGAAAACAUCUCUGUUUUAUUACCGCAGUGUUUUUUGUGGUGUAGUUAGUCAAAGGUUUUCCGUGCCUUUACAAGCGCUGGGCGGCAACGGGAUCGCCGACCGACUCUGAGCGAGCGGCUGAUGCAACGGGCAGACACAUCUCGAAACCACCCGAGAAACCGCACUCCUUCGCACGUGGCCCGAGGUUACCUUCCCGUGCCUGGAGACGUUCCCAUCAGAGAUGUUCUCAUCAGACACCUUGUUUCAUCAGCUCAGCAUCACUUUCCACGUGCUUGUGAUGAUGGCCUGAGAUGAAGGAACCGAAUGCAGCCCGCGUGUGUGCAUCGUCUCUGUCCUGGGGGGGCGGCGCCGGAGAUGGAGCGCAGCGCUCUGCUCGACGCCUCGGGUGUGUCGCCGGAUGAGGAACUGUCCGUAAAAGACGUCCGCCGUGUUUUCCACAAGGUGCUUCACGUGUCCGUGAGCCCACGGGAUGUGGAGAAAGCCAUCAGAAAGGUAACUGGGGACACCCACGGCCCUGUUUGCGGCGCGGGGAAGCUGCUGGACGUCCUUGCCGAGAUUGAGAAUGAGCGUGUCACCAGCGAGGAGCUCUACUGGGAUUUCCAAAUGCUAAAUGCUGGGAGGCUUCGAACGCUGGAACAUUUGUAUGCAAAGGAUAUAAAGCUCUCAGUCAGGAGCUUUUCGCCCACAAUGCCUUGGAGCUCCCCAUGCCUUCAUGACCAAAGGCAGAAAAAUCAAGAAGCUCGGACGCGAAGCCUUUCCCAAGAACGUACGCACGGUGAAGAAGAUCUCUUGUUGGGCGUAAGUGGACUGCAGGGGGAGCGACUAAAGAAGAGGUUCUACGCGCGGAGGCUUAAGAAAGAUGUGAGGAGGCUGUGCAACAGGCUGUCAAAGGCUGGAUUGCACGUUGUCCUGCCGUCACUGUGCAGCAGCGCUGAGGGUCCUGCAGGAGCACAAGGCAUCAAAACUGGGGAAACGGUACCAUCCGAUGCUGACAUGUUUCAGGAUGUGGAGGAUAAAUAUGACACCUUGCGACGCAAACUCUGCAGAGAGAUGCUCCAGCAGCACCACGGCAAGGGCUCCUGGGAGGCCCUGUUGCCGUGGCAGCAGGAGGAGAGAGAGGAUGCGCUGGAAGCUUUAGCAGAGGAUGCCCUGUGUAGCGCGGACCCCCUCUCUCUGUGCGAGCUACCUGGGGCUUUUCGCCUCUACAGGUGUCAAGGCCCUAAUGGAAGUGUGUUGUACCUGCUCUGUGGAACACUGGUCUAAUUCCAGGCCACUUUUCCUCUUUGUCGGAGUGAAGCACUUUGGCACCGAAAAGCAACAUUCCCACUUGCGCUGUUUUCUUCCCUCUAGGAAACUCAUUUGACAUUCUCCUUCACUCUGCAAAUAGCCCC